CACAAACGAAGAUCUUGGUGAGCGUCUAUGGAAUUGGUCGAAUGCAACCUCUCAAGGAGUAAAACCUGAAGUGGGAAGCCUAGUCAACAAAUAAGAAGGGUCUCUGGCCUCGAAUCACCCUUCGGGUUAACAGAAACUGCCAACAAAUGCCAGUUGCACUGUCCUGUUGCCCGGUUUCUGACCGAGGCUCUGUGAAUGAGGAAAGAACGAGCGGUGAGCUCCUGCUUGUCCAAUGGCGAAGAAACCUUGAUUGUGUACCAGCUGAAUUGGAUCGGUAUGAAUAAUACGAACCGCAAAGGGUUGGAUAUUCCACUUUCUUCCUGUUUGUUGUUCUAUCGACCACGAGCUGAAGCCCGUCUCAUCGAUAUCAAGAGGGUGGCAUCACGUGACAGCGCACCAUCGACGCGCUUCCUAGCCACGUGCACGCUUGAUGAGACGCGCCCUUGGAGUGACAUCGGUCCGUCUUGGUAAUCAUGGACAAAGAUCACCGUUUGAGUUUCCUCACAAGAAUUUGGAAUAACUUCUUACACCUCCAUUCAUCCGCUGAAGCAAUAUCCUUUUUGCUCCAGAUUUUGUGCUUCGUUGAUCAACUCCAUAAGAUCGCCACCCCAUCUCAUCCCGGAGCUUGACUCGCAGCAAUAAUCGACAUUCCCUCCAUCGUCUCCAAACCACAACUUGAAUCAACCGCCCAAUCAACGCCACAAUGACAACCCUAACAGCCCCCCCAACGACCCCCUUCACAUUCCCCUCCCCCAGAGACUCCCCAGCAUUCUUCCCUCCCACACCCCCAUCAACAACAACCCCUCUCCUCACAACCACCGCCACCACCACAACCACCACCAAAAGAAAACACUCCUCCAUCUCCACCGCCCCCCAACCCCCAAACUACAAAACCCUAAUCAACACCUCCCCCAAAAUCACCCCCUUCGAAAAAAAAGUCUACCACCUCCUCCUCACCAUCCCCCCAGGCUCCUUCACAACCUACGCCUUAAUGUCCACACAUCUGAAGUCUUCCCCCCGAGCAGUCGGCAACGCCCUAAGGAAAAACCCCUUUGCUCCCGGGGUUCCCUGCCACCGCGUCCUAGCAACAGGCAACUCCCUAGGCGGCUUCAAAGGCAAAAUCUCCCGCAAAAGCCCCGACGGUGUAGGAGGCGUAGACACCCUCAUCGAGAAAAAAGAACUCCUCAGAAAAGAAGGCGUUAAAUUCGACGACAAGGGGAGAGCCCUGGGGACACCGUUCAGGGGGUUCAAGUAAAGACAUCACCCCACCGAGAGGUGUCUUCAGCCCUGAUUGGACCGUGGCUCUGUUGCUGCUGGGUGUAUGGUUUUGGUGGUGCGACAGGGACAUCAAAAAUCAACAACACAAUUCACACGCAAGUAUGAGCCAAGUAUUUAUUUUCGCCCAUCCUAUGAUACAAC